AUGAAGUUACUUUCGCUGUUAUUUUUAAUAACAUUAAUUAGUGCUCAAAGUGUAAAUAAUAUUUCUAUUAAACGAAAACUUUUAAGUUACAUGGAAAACAACACGACGUCUUGGAGUGAACUGUUCGCAGAUUUCGUGACUAGUAACAUCAAGGUCUUCAGACAGAAAACAACUGAAAACGAAACCAUUCCAGAUCCAACUAAUAAUUCUGUUGCCAAAAUAUUUAGCAGUGUUUUCAAAAUAUUCAAAACGUAUGUAUACGAUCCAUUGAAAGGUCGUAAAGUCGAUGUGAACAUACAAGCGGACAUACACACAAAUUUACAAGAGGAUAAGAGAGUUGUUAAAGCCAGUAGCAAUCCCAAGGAAGAUGUAGAGGUCAUUGAGCCACGGUACCAUGGAAAACUUAAAACGGAUAUAGAAGGGGCAUCACUUUGCCUCGAUGGUUUUAUUAAAGAUGCCGAUGGUAACUGUGUGGAGGUAAAACCAUCUAAAUUUAUAGUUUCAGUGCCGAAACACUGUCCGAUCGGCUAUAGGUCAGAUUGGCUUGGUAAUUGUAGGCAAAGUUUUUGA